AUGAUCCGACGCACCUUCUCCCGUAUCACUCGCAUGGACUUCCAAAUACUCUAUGGUGCCUACGUCAGACCGCUCCUGGAGUAUGCUAACCAAGUUGUCUACUCAGAACGCACGAAAGACGUCAGCCUCAUUGAGCGUGUCCAGCGGGCCGCUACGAGAAUGGUUGCCGGCCUCAAAUCCGUGGACUACGAAACGCGUCUCGCGAUGCUUGAUCUCUUUCCUCUGGAGUACCGUCGCCUCCAAGGAGACCUAAUUCUUACUCAUGCCCUGUUUGAACAAAGCUUGGCAGACAGGUUUUCCAUCGUUGACCUAUCAAACACACGGGGGGAUGUGUUCACCCGCGCCGGCGAUUCGAAUUUCUCCGGCGGCACUCGAAGGCAUCGCGAAAUGGCGGCAAAGGAUGGUCGCGAGUCGGAGGGUAGCGAUGGAGGUGAAGAAGAAUUUCAGGUUGAAAAAAUUCUGAAAGUCCGAAUCCGUGGAGGUCGGAAGGAGUAUUUCCUGAAGUGGAAAGGCUACCCAGAUGAGGAUAAUACAUGGGAACCUGAGGAGAAUCUCGACUGCCCAGAGCUAAUAAAAGAAUUCGAAGAAAAGCGUGCUCGUGAAAAGCCAGUUGGAGCAAGUCCGGCUAGGUCUUCUUCCGGCGGUGAUGCCGGACGCCCUCGAAGUCGUCCCAAAGGUGCGCCCUCUACACCUCAAAGCGCACAAAAACAGAAUGAGGACGUUAGUGAGCCCCCCAAGAAGAAGCGUGCCGCCGUACCAUCAGACGCCGACGCAGCUGCGGAUGCUGCAGGCGAUGAAGCUGGAAAACCGGAUGACGAUUCCAAGACGAAGACCCCCAAAAGCGCUGGCAAAACACGCGGUUUCGGGCGAGGCCUGAAGGCUGAGCGAAUCAUCGGGGCGACAGACUCCAGCGGAGAGCUGAUGUUUCUGAUGAAAUGGAAAGACUCUGAUGAAGCAGAUUUGGUUCCUGCUCGUGAGGCGAACAUCAAAUGCCCCCAGGUGGUGAUUCGUUUCUAUGAGGAACGGUUGACUUGGCAUACCCCUGAGAGCCGAACAUCGAGUGGCACGCCUCGUCCAAAUGCCACGACUCCGACGAGUGCCACCAACACUGCCCGGUCUUAAUUUUUCUUUGCAUAGAUUGCCCCUCGAACGCAUUUAUCUUACUAUCGCCCCACCAUUCCUGCUUGCUCUACCAUUUCACAUUGUUGUAAAAAGACAUUUUUAACUCAUUUUCUAUCCGCCUCCCAGAUGUGUCUUCGGUUACAUAAACGUGCUCGUUUGCAUCCGGUCG